GGUUGGGUGUCCAUCCAUUGUGUUUGUGCGUCCUGGCAGCUUUUUACAUAAGCACGGAAAGCCACUGGGGACUGCCACCUGCGGCUACUGGUGCGUCCACUCUAAGCAGGGUUCCCUUUUUUAUUCAACACUCUGCGUGUCCUGUGCUAUUCUGCGUGUCCUUGCAACGUGACAGUCGCCCCAAGGAAGCCGCCGCCAUUGCCACCCGCCGCCCGAAAGUAUGCAAAGGAAUUUCACAACGCCAAGAAGAGAAAACGUAGACGUCAAAGUAAACGUAAACGUGAACGUGAAUGUUAGCGAAACCCGACAAUGGCCCACUUAAAACUGGACACACUCCACGUAGCCAGUCCCCGCAGCCCAAGGAGUGGACGCAGCCUCUCCAGUGGGAGGAGUAGUGGCUGCAGUUCGGGCAGCCUCUCGCCGGUGCCUAUCAUUCCGAUCAUUUCCAUUAGCCGGGAUGGCGACGACACCGAGUCGGAGUCGGAAAUUGAAACGGAGCCGGCACGCCUCUUCCAGCGUCGCAUGUCCACCAAACGCAACAAUAAUCUGUCUGCCAUCAUUAAAGAGGGUUUCCUGCUGAAGCACACCUGGUCGUUUCAGCGCUGGCGACGUCGCUACUUUCGCUUGAAGCGAAAUAACUUAUUUUAUGCCAAGGAUGAGAAGUGCGAUGUUUUCGAUGAGAUUGACCUUUCGGAUUUGUGUUAUUUUGAGUGUGGAAUCAAGAACGUAAAUCAUAGUUUUCAGAUAAUCACACCCACUCGCUCUCUGGUGCUUUGCGCCGAAUCCAGACGCGAAAUGGAGGACUGGCUGGGCUCCCUGAAGACGGCCACGGCCCCGCAGCGUCCGCGUGGCGACAGCUUUCUCAUCGAACAGCAUGACAUUCUGUCGAAUCACCAUCACUGGUAUGCCACCUCGCAUGCGCGACCCACCUACUGCAAUGUCUGCAGGGAUGCGCUCUCCGGAGUCACAUCCCACGGCCUCAGCUGUGAGGUGUGCAAGUGCAAGGUGCACAAGCGGUGUGCGGCUAAAUCCAUUGCGAAUUGCAAGUGGACAACGCUGGCGAGUGUGGGAAAGGACAUCAUUGAGCAGGCGGAUGGCAUUAUUAUGCCGCAUCAGUGGAUGGAGGGGAAUCUGCCAGUGUCCGCAGUGUGUGCCGUAUGCAAGAAGACAUGCGGUUCUGUGUUGCGACUGCAGGAUUGGAGGUGCCUCUGGUGCCGGGCCACAUGCCAUGUGGCCUGUCGACCACAGAUGGCGGUGGCCUGUCCCAUUGGACCGGCCAAGCUAUCCGUGGUCCCGCCGACUAGUGUGCAUUCGAUCAGCACCGAUGAUGCCUGGGAUGUGGCCAGCCCCAGGGGCAACUUCUCGCCCCUCCUAGUCUUUGUCAACUCCAAGUCCGGCGAUAAUCAGGGCGUGAAGUUCCUGCGACGCUUCAAGCAGCUCCUGAAUCCAGCCCAGGUCUUUGAUCUGAUCUCAACGGGCCCGAGUCUCGGAUUGCGACUCUUUCGACACUUUGAGAUGUUUCGCAUUCUGGUCUGCUCGGGCGAUGGUUCCGUGGGAUGGGUCCUCAGCGAAAUCGAUCGUUUUAACAUGCAUAAACAAUGCCAGGUGGCUGUAAUGCCCUUGGGAACUGGCAACGAUCUGGCCAGAGUUUUGGGCUGGGGCUCCAGCUGCGAUGAUGACACCCACUUGCCGCAGAUUCUGGAACGAUAUGAAUCUGCCAGCACCAAAAUGCUGGAUCGCUGGAGCAUCAUGGUGUUUGAAAAGGCCAUUGCAGUCCCAAAGAUACCCAAGAUGUCGAUCACCACGGAACAGGAGGCCAUGCUCACCGGGAUGGUGACCUCUGCGAACCACCAUCUGCGCUUCAUUGUGGAGACGAAUGAUACCCAGACGCUGAUCACUUCGACCCGGAACCUUUGCGACACCGUCGACGAUCUGGUGGGUCGCAUCUCAGAGCAUCACAAGGAGGACGAACAGCUGAGCGUCAAGUGCGAUAUCCUGAAGCAAAAGUUGAAUAUGCUACUGGAUGCUCUGCAGGAGGAGGAGAUGGGUGCCCACAAUGGUGAUGAUUUGAUAGCCACCAUCAGGAGUCUUAUAGCGCGAAGUAUUCCGUCUACUCCGGGAGCCAAUCCAUCCUUACUCAACCCAAACAUAUCAAUCGAAAAGACCGAAAAAGAUCAAAUCAACUCCAAGGAACGUCGAAACAGUCGCUCAUUGCGAUCCAGCGAAAAGGAGGCGCUCCAAUGCCGAGCAAAUAGCGUGAAGCGAGCCAUCUACAAUGUGGUGGAGCAUUCAGAGCCAGGCCGACCCAAACGCUAUCAGCGAAAGCUCUCGAUCACGCCCUUUGAGUCCCUCAAAUUGCCAACAAAUACAUCCGGCGACUCCACUCCGUGUGGCUCCCCAUUGCCCAUAAUACCACCCAUCAAUAUUAUAUCCCCCACGAUGGAGACCUCUCGCCUGACCUGCAUCUCUCCGCUGCCGGACACCCGCCGUGAUUCGGUGGAUGAGAGCUUCUUCAACAGCAUCAAUCUGCCAGCUCCACGGCAAUUCGCGGACAGUCGAAGGAGUUCAGGGGUCGAUGUUAUCCAAGAGAUAGAGGAGGGGGCCAAUGGAGAGACAGUCUAUCGCAUGGGCCGCAUGUCGCUCAGUGGCGGGGCCAACAUUGACGAUGCUGGCAAUCGUCUAUCGCCCUGCAGCGAUGGAGGCGACAACACGCCCACCGAUCGCAAAGUGGACUUUUUGAGAGUCCCCAUAUUGACAGGCGAGCCUCUGGUGGAUCCCUUGUCCAACUAUCGACCCGUGGAGGUAUUUGAACGCACCUAUUACAUGACCCGGGAGAUGGACAACGCCAAAGAUAAGGAAAAGGAGAGGCUCUUGAGUCAGGAGAGCAGUAUUUUAGAUGUGGAAAAGGAGGAUAACAUGCUCACCGAAAAGCAGACAUUGGUACACACUUGUAAUCUGCAGGUACCCGGCAUUGUCGUAACCCCCAACUCCCAAAAUGUAUACUCAAGCGCAAGUUUAACAAUCAUUGACACCGAUACCGCACAAACCACCACUGAUCAAUCCUCUUCUGAUGAGAUGGCGGGCGAGGCCAGCGACGUGCUUUCGGCCAUUAGCAAUGAGGAAUGCAGCGUAGCCUCGGAGAUAUUUGACAAGCAAGAUGCUGGCCAGACUUUGGGCGACAUUAUACAGAAUCUCGAUGCCAGCAACUUUACGCACAUCGAUUCGCCCGAGACCAGCGAUGAGACAGAGGCCAUGCCUGGCGAGAGUAUUAUGGAUGACAUCAGCUCCGUGCUGGGCCACGAUAUAACCUAUGCCCUGCAGGACACCAUAACCGAUGACACCACCACCCUCUGCUCGGAGCAUGUGGGUCCCCCGAAGCCGCCACGCAAGAAGUCGCUGAGUGCUUUGACCCACACUCAAGCGCAUCCCAGGAGGCGCAACUCCUCGCCGCCCAGGAUGGCAAGGCUCGCCCGGAUGGAUAGCGAUGAUAAUCCACAACAGUUCGGUUUCGAGAACAUUGUGUUUGAGAUAGACAAUCGAUGCGAUGAUCAGAAAAUGAAGGAACCGCCGCGCUACUGCAGUUUGGCGCAGUUCGUGGAAGGUAACGAUAUAGCGCGUCAGAGCUUCAAGCGUCCCAAAAAGCGCACUUCACUGAAAAAACCGAAACCAACUACAACCAAUGAACAAUCCUCCAAUCAACAGCAGCUAAUGCUAAUGCAACGGAGCAACGAAGGCAACGAUCCAGCCAACGAUAAAGAAGACACCGACGAUAUUGCAAGCGUGCAAACGCCAACGAAUGUGCCCCGUGUGGCAAUGCCUUCGAGCGAGGAUGAAUUGUCCACACAAACGGCGAUUAAAAUAGAAAUACACGAUGUUGACUCGACAGCUGUGCGCAAUUUGACCAGCAACAUGAAAUCGACAUCGCCCACGAAGAAAUCGGGCCAUGGACAAGAUGUAAAGCGCAUUACUUUUGAUGAGUCGUGUAAGAAAGAAUCCUUUGAUGAUGUAAAUCCCAACUAUCCACAGAUAAGUGUUGUUGUCAGACCGCCGACACCGUUGCGCGGCGACUGCAUCAAGCCCGUUGCCGUUGCCGCGCUGUCUGCCACCUCUACCGGUGGCAGUGGCGGUGGCAUGGCCAUGGCCUGCACUGGCCUGCUAGGCGUUCGCGCCAUGAAUGCCUCGGAGAUCCGUCGGCAUUCAAGUCAUGCGCCCAGCAGCCUGGCUGUCCGUGAAUUCGACAAGGACAAAGAUCGCCGUCACUCCGGAUUUAAUCCCAAUCAAUUGACAUUGGAUCCGGAGCAUGCGCGCUUCCUCAGCAGCUCUCCAGCGGCCAGUCGCAGGAUAAGCUGUGGCAGCCUCUUCAAGCCGAACGAAGCUCUUCCCAAUCUACAGACCCUCAAGGGCUCCAAAUCGAGCCUGUUCAUGGGCUCAACGCUAUUCGGCUUCGAUCACUUUGCAGCUGGUGAUAAGGACGACAAAGCAGGCAAGGACAAAGAGAAGACUCCCACAGAGGAGACAACCCGAAAGUUGCCCAUCAUCAAUCCAUUGGUUCGACUACCCAAUUGGCCAAAUCUCGCUAAUGGGGGUGGCUUCAUCUCCAAAUGUCUCCUGGCCAAUGCCGAUACUUUGUGUGCCGCAGUCAGCCCAUUGAUGGAUCCGGAUGAGACGCUCCUGGCCGGCUACCAUGAGAAGUGCGUAAUGAACAACUACUUUGGAAUUGGUAUCGAUGCCAAGAUCUCACUGGAUUUCCACAACAAGCGCGAGGAGCAUCCAGAGAAGUGCCGUUCCCGUGCUCGUAAUUACAUGUGGUACGGGGUCCUUGGCUCCAAGCAGCUGCUCCAGAAGACCUGCAAGAAUCUCGAGCAACGAGUGCAGCUGGAGUGCGAUGGACAAAGGAUUCCCCUGCCAGAGCUGCAGGGUAUUGUUAUAUUGAACAUUCCCAGCUUCAUGGGCGGCACCAAUUUCUGGGGCAACACCAAGAAGGACGACAUCUUCCUGAGCCCCAGUUUUGAUGAUCGUGUGCUCGAGGUUGUCGCUGUUUUUGGGUCGGUGCAAAUGGCCGCCUCUCGGCUGAUCAAUCUGCAGCACCAUCGCAUUGCCCAGUGCCAAAGUGUACAGAUCAACAUACUGGGCGACGAGGAGAUACCCAUUCAAGUGGACGGCGAGGCGUGGCUACAGCCACCCGGCAUGAUCCGCAUCCUGCACAAGAAUCGGGUACAAAUGCUCUGUCGCAAUCGGAGUCUGGAGCUCUCCCUCAAGAGCUGGCAGGAAAAGCAGCGUCAGCACAGCAUUUCAAUACAGAGGGAUGCCUCCUCCACUGCUUCAGAGCACGCAGUCUCCACGGAUGAGGUGAUCUCCGAGCGGGAGUGCUAUGUCCUCCUAAAUUUCAUCGAGGCUGUUAGCUCUCUGGUCAAGUGGGUCAAGUUCUUGAUCAUCUCCCAUCCCGCACUCCAACAUGACCUCUACUGCGUGGCCUGUCGUGCCAGUGAGGCUUUGGAGAGUAUUCAUCCUCAGGGGAAACUCCUCGAAGGUCCGUCUCUUCGCACUAAAUUGGUGGAGGUGAUUGAUUCCUCGCGUCAGCUGUACGACGAUGCUUGUACCUUGCUCCGGGAUCGUGGACAUAGCCUGAUCCUCAGAGAAGACCUGGAGACGAAGCUGAGUGCAGCUUUGGCCAACAUGGAGAUGGAGUUGAAGAAGUGCUCUGUGCAGAAAUGCAUUGAUGGCAAACUACGGGCAUACUUUAAUGUUCUGGCGCCCAACGAAGAGCCCGAUGGUCGUCGCAAGUCCAGACCCUUCUGGGUACGCCUACGCUCUGGAUCCACCGCUGGACAGCAACAGUUCAAGGUACCCAUCAACAACACCCGCGAGGCAGCCAACAACUGGAGUGUCAACGAGGUGGUCACCUGGCUGGAGACUAUGCAACUAUCCGAGUAUGUGGAUAGCUUCCUGAAGAACGAUAUUCGCGGCAAGGAGCUCCUCACUCUGGGUCGUCGUGAUCUCAAGGAUCUAGGGGUGGUCAAAGUGGGUCAUGUCAAGCGCAUUCUCCAGGCCAUCAAGGAUCUCAGUGAGAAUUAAAAAUUGCAUUAUGUAUAACGAA